AAAAAACUUGAGGAAAGAAUAUGAGAAAAUGAGAAUUGAUUGUUCUCCUUUUAUCUUAAUUUGGAACCCUAAUUAGAAUGCGUUUACUUUUGGAGUGUCUUUUAAGGUGUUUUGGUGAGAGCUAUGAACAACAGACACUUGUCGACACCAGAAAUGAUCGAGCCGCCGAAGAAGAAGGAAGCGCCACGAUCGCUCUCUCUUUCUCUCUCUACCUAUUAAGUGUCUCAGCUUUUGAAAAAGUAAAGUCUCCAAAAGAACUUUGAAGUCCAAGCACAAUCUUUUUCAAGCUAGUGGCUCCACCUUUCGUCUUCUCCUAACCAUGGGCUCUUACAUGAACUCCAAAAACCUUGGGGGGGAUGCCUCUCAACUGGAUGGGAGGACAGCUGUCAAUCUCCCGUUGGCCCGCCAAUCUUCCAUAUACUCCCUCACAUUUGACGAGUUCCAAAAUACCCUUGGUGGACCUGGGAAGGAUUUUGGGUCCAUGAACAUGGAGGACCUUUUAAAGAGCAUCUGGACAGCCGAAGAGAACCAGACAUUACAGCCAAAGAGUAGUGAGAAUUUACAGCGGCAGGGCUCUCUUACACUGCCACGUACACUUAGCCAAAAAACGGUCGAUGAAGUUUGGCGAGACGUUUUGAAAGAAACCGUAGGCGUAAACAGUGGGGGUUUGUCUUUGGGUCAAAGAGAACCAACUUUGGGCGAAAUGACCCUUGAAGAUUUUUUAUCCAAGGCAGGGGUCGUUAGGGAAGAAGUCCAACUUCCCGAGAGACCAAACGGGGUUUAUUUAUACGGUGCGCCAAAUGGGAAUACGAACACUUCAGGUUUAACCAUGGGAUUUCAACAACAGCCAUUGCAAAGUAAUCUCGCCGUGUUGACCAUUCAACAGGUGACAACAACAGCUUCUCAACCGCAACUGCAGCCUCUAUUCCCGAAGCAAUCAACCCUCACGUUUUCGUCACAGUCGACACAAAUCGGAAGCAACAUUCAGCUCUCGAGAUCAUCCCGUGCAAAAGGAGGACCGAAAAAUGUCGUGAAUAAUUUGUACGAUGCUGAUGGCAUAGUGAAGAGCUGUGUAGCAGACACGCCCUCGUCUAGUUCGCCUCCUCUGUCUUACAAUUUCGAGGAGGUUGGGAGGGGAAGGAGGUCGAACAGUUCUUUGGAGAAAGUGGUGGAGAGGAGGCGUAAGAGGAUGAUCAAGAACAGGGAAUCUGCCGCUAGGUCACGAGCUAGAAAGCAGGCGUAUACUCUGGAGCUGGAGGCAGAGGUGGCGAAGCUGAAAGAAAUGAAUGAGGAGCUGAGGAAGAAGCAGGAGGAGUUUAUGGAGAUGCAGAAAAAUCAGAUCCUGGAGAAAAUGAAUAAGCCCUGGGGAGAAAAAAGAGUAUGCUUGAGGAGGACGCUAACUGGGCCUUGCUCGAAAAUGGCCGCUUCGUGUUGCUCCUCUGCAAUCCUCUCGCUCCCCCGCACGCCAGCUCGACGUGGGGUGGUUUAUCCGAAUUCCGCUGGUCCCCCGCGGUUAGGUCGCCGAUUUGGGCUUUCGUUUCGGGCUCAGAGGAGGCCCGAGGCUCGAAAAUCCGUACGUGUUUCCUGCAUUGGCGAUAAUCGCGAAACUGCUGUGAUUACGAGCAAGUCAUGGGACAAACUGAUUCUAGAAAGUGAAAUCCCUGUGCUAGUUGAGUUUUACGCCAGCUGGUGUGGGCCCUGCCGCAUGGUCCACCGAGUAAUCGACGAGAUAUCAACCGACUACUCGGGAAGAUUAAAAUGCUACGUCCUUAAUGCCGACAAUGACCCAGAAGUCGCGGAGGAUUAUGAUGUUAAGGCUGUGCCAGUUGUCUUGCUGUUCAAGAAUGGCCAAAAACUCGAUUCUGUUGUUGGAACCAUGCCUAAGGAGUUCUAUGUGGCUGCCAUUGAGAGGGUUCUCGGUUCUUAAGAUUCGGCUCAUCAUGAAUGAACCAUUAUAUGGUGAAUAAAACUAUUUUUCUCUUUUAACAAUCGAUGGAGUAUUUUUGCUUCCCCUAUUGAAUUUGUUCGAUAUUUUGUAUAUUCACAUGUUCUCCUACUACAAGUGUGCAGUUUGGAUGCUAUCUGUGGUGAAAAGAGGAAAAAACUAUGUUAUUAUUCCUCUGUCCUUAUAGCAACAUUUUUGAACUUUUUUUUGCCUCUUUUUUGUGUACAGAACUCGAUUUCUCUUUUUGUUCAAGAAUCUUUAUGAGCAUGCAUCGAUCUUUCGCUGCCUAGUUUUUGUUAUCGAGAUAUGCUACAAUUGUACGACUAUAAAAGAAUCUUGAUACCGGUUAUUCGAUUAGGUGGUUAUUUAUGGUGUUUCUGAUUUGACAUACA